GCGGUGACACCGGCCGGAAGUGGUGCGGUGAGUGUCAUGGAGACAGGUGAGAGCAGCAGGUGCCAGUUUCUGGAGCUGCCGUGGGAGGAUGUGCUGGUUCCCCAUGUCCUGUGCCACCUCCCGCUGUGCCAGCUGGUCUGCCUGCAGCGGGUUAGCAAGCAGUUCCGCACCUUGAUCCAGCUUUACUUGGCAAACUAUCACACUCUGGACACCUCACAGGUCGGGAAUGCCAUCCCUCAAGACGCUUUCUGCAAGUUACUGAAAGACAACACGGUACUGCACCACUUGAUGGUAGGGAGCUGCUCCGAUUGGCUGACGGAUAGCGAGCUCUUGCCAGUGAUUGGUCAAAACCAUCACUUGGAGAAGGUUGACAUCACGGGCUGCCGAGGCCUGAGCCGACGGUCUCUGGUGGCCUUGUCCCUGAGCUGCCCGAACCUGCAGCACCUUUCCCUCAGGCAGUGCGACUGGGUGGAUCCCCUCUCCCUGCGGAGCCUGGCUGAUCGCUGCUGCCAACUUCUGUCAGUUGACCUGACCGCCUGUAAGCAGCUGAAUGACGAAGCCGUCUGUUACCUUGUCCGGAAGUGCCGAAAGAUCAGGUCGCUGUCUCUAGCUGUCAAUGCGAACCUCAGCGAUAGUUCGGUGCAGGAGGUGGCGAAACAGUGCAGCGAGCUUGAACACCUUGAUCUGACUGGCUGUCUUCGCCUUCGGAAUGAGUGCAUGAGGACAGUUGCAGAAUAUUGCACGAAUCUCCACUCGCUGAAAGUGAACCAUUGUCAUAACAUAACUGAAGGGAGUUUAGAAGUUUUGCGCAAGAGAGGUGUGGAUAUUGAUGUGCAGCCACCACUCCAGCGGGCACUUGUCCUUCUGCAGGACGUUGUGGGUGUUGCUCCAUUUAUCAACCUUCAGAUCUGAACUAUUUGGGUGAACUGGUUCCUCCAUCCCACACAUAUGCACUCAAAACUUGUGGUGGUUAUGUAAACUUAUAUUAAAGUAGAUGGUAUAAUAUUUCAGCAGUGAACUGCUAAUCCUUUGUCAAAUGUGCAGUAUUUCCAUGGCUAAGUGUAAUAUUGAACUGAAUCAAGACCAGUUACUGACAUCCUGUUCAGGUGUGGGUUGCUGUGGUGCAGAGUCAUUGAGAUGAAGUUCCUCUGUAAAUGAUUUUUGGUACUGUAUAUUGACAAGUGGCUAUGUGGGCUAUGAUAGUUUUACUUCUGUUUACAAAGUGAACCGCAAAAGCCAAAAUGUUAACAGUAAAUCAACAGUCUUGUCUUUCCAGCUCAUCUAAAAAGGUACCAGUAUUUAUUUGAUUUAAGAGAUUGUAGUUAUUCACUUACAUUCAAGCUGUUUUAGUCUGGAAGGUAACAGGUGGAGUGUUUGCAGUUAGCAGCAUGCAGCUGAUGACUAGUCAUGGUCUAUGGAAAGCACAGUAACAUAGGUAUGGUAACAUGAGUGUGUUAAUUUUAAGCAGAGUUAACACAUUUCUCACAAGUGACUGCAACAGGUAAGAUUAGGAAGGGGGCCUGAGUAAGACCAGGACUAAGUGCAUUUAUUACAUCCUGCAAAAAGACAGGUUCACAUUUAAUAUCUUUUACCUGCAGGGUGUGUUGUUUAAAGUGGUGGCAAUUGGAUGGGUAUGUUCAAGGAAGAACCACAGGCUACCUGUGUGAGGACUGUUUGGGAAGAGACUGGAUGUCCACUGUGAAAAGAUGAUUGGGAUGGAGACUUCAAAAUCAUGCAAGUGUCAGAGAAGACACACACAUAGAUGUGUAAACCUUGCACAAUAGAAGAGCAAGAGUUGAGUUUUAAAGAGAACUGUUGAGAGUGUGUUGCUAGAAAAGCACAGCAGGUCAGGCAGCAUCUGAGGAGCAGGAGAAUUGACGUUUCGGGCCAGAGCCCUUCAUCAGGAUUGAACGAAGCCUCAUCAGGAGCCUGAUGAUGGACUCCAGCCCGAAACGUCUGUUUUCCUGCAUGUUGGAUGCUGCCUGAUCUGCUGUGCUUUUCCAGCAACACACACCACUCUGAUCUCCAGCAUCUGCAGACUUCACUGUCUCCGUAUCAGAGAAUUGGUCAGGGGGCGGGUAGGAGCAUCCUAGAACAAUUGAAACAAGAUUUGUUUUUGUAUCUUGGAAUGAAGGUAGAAAUGAGCUGUGCCUGGCUUUAGAACUGAGAUUAGAGCCAGAAAAAUCCCUAGAUAUGACUGUUGCUUGAGUAAUAUUUUUGGUAGUGGAGUUAUGGUCGUAGAGUUGGCCGUAGCCAGGUGGAGGCCCUUCUGCCUCACUGAUCUGCUUGGAACAGACAGAUGAGCUUCAACAGCCACUUUUAGCAACGUACCAUUUAUCUUUUCACAAAGUUAUUUUGAUCUCCCUCUCUAAACUGUGAAUCUUGGUCCUAAAUUCACCUACUUCAGGAAAUACUUCACACUGUCUACACUUAAAAUUUGGAAAGGCAAUCAACUUCCCCUGCUCUAGUUUAAGUCUGUAAUACCUGAUCCCUAACAGUAGCCCAUCAGAUCUACACAAUGCUUCCUUUGAGGAGAGUAGGUCUUUUGAUAUGCUCAUGGAAUCAGUCAACAUUGAUUCCAUAAUAGGUGGGACAAAAUCACCCACAGCAUUUCCAACAUUGGCCAUAGCUCCACAGUGGCCCAGAUACACAGCACCAAGCACCCCAGUGAGCUCCUGAUAGCUCCUAUUCCUGUUUUCAACCAUUUGUAACCAUUUUUGAUGACAGCUGUGAAAGACCUUCCCAGAAUCAGACUAAAGAGGAGGCUGCUAUUUGGUCCAUUGCAUACUCAUCUCUUAAAAAUGACACUGUCCUAACAUAACACACCAACUAUAGUACGCCUUCCCUGAAACCUUGCGAAGCUGUCUUUUUUUUAAGUAAGUACGCAUUGCACUUCUGUUUUGAUUGAAUCAGCUUCCAGCACCUUUUCAUGCAGCACAUUCCAGAUCAUAACCUGUAUAACUGAAAAGAAAUUCCUCAAUAUCCCCUCUGGUUCUUUUGGCUAAUUAUCUUAAAGCAGUUAAAAGGUAAGAUACUGUGAAUGCUGGAGAAACUCAGGAGAUCUAGCAACAUCUGUAGAGAGAGAAACAGAAUUAAUGUUUUGAGUCCAGCAUUACUGUUCAGGAAGAGUCAAGCUAGACUUAAUGUUAACUAUUGUCUCCAGCGAUACUGGUAGACCUGAAUUUCUAUGCAUUUUCUGUACUUGCAUCUUAAGUCAGUGUACGUUCAUUACCUAUAAACUUGUCAGUAGAAAGAUUUUUAUUUACUCUUUUCAAACACACUCAAUCUUAAAUAUCCUGUAAAUCACCCCUAGUCUUACCUUCCUGGUGAAUAAUGUCAGUUUCUGUAGUCUUCGAGAUCAGUAGUCAGUAUCAUUUUUGGUACUAUUUUAGUAAAUCUCCAUUGCCUCAUCUGAGAAGACAAGCCAAUGAUCUUGAUCUGAACAUUCUUAGCUCAAGAAAUUAAUUGCAUAAUUAUUUUCAAACUGAAACUCAUACAGCUCUAUUGUUAGAAGGCUGUGGUUCUAUGCUCCAUUCCAGUACUUUGAGAUAUAAUCGGAGUUGAAAUUACAAUGCAGUAUUGAAGGGAAGCUAAGCUGUCAGUCAUAUGGUUUCCAGAUGAGCCAUGAAAGAUUAACUCUGAUAUCCUGGCCAAUGUUUACAGAGGAUUGGGAAUCCUGACCGACUGUCAGCCCUGGUCACUGCUGUCUAUGAACAUUGGCAAAUAAAAGUUGCCAAUUUCUGCACAAUAAAUAACUUAUUUCAAGAAAAUGUGUUGUGGUUAUGAAUCACUUGGGAAUAUCCUGAGAAAAUGUUAUAUAAAGUUCAUUUUCUCACCUGAAUAAUUGAGCUCAAGAACUACAGUAUUUACCAACAGUGUUCUUGAUUAGGGAUGCUGAUUUAACCAGUUAUUCUGAUACAGCUAUAUUGUCAAUGCUAUAGGGUGGAUCUUUCUAAUGGUUUUUUGUACACUAGUGCAAUUUGUUACUAGAGUAUCUCUUAGCCAGUGUGUGUUGGCCCAGACCAGGUCAAGGAGGAAGGUUCCUUGAAGGAAAUGAAAAAUAUCAGGCAGCAUGCUGAUAGCAAAAUUAUCAAAACCCAUUUUAUUACUGAGAAGCAACACAGCAAAUUUAUUGAAUGUAAACAGUGCCACAGAACACAGAAUCAUACACACUGUAAACAUAAGUGAACAGAUUAUAAUAAAAG